AUGCGAUCUAGAUGGCUGCGUCAGUACGUGACUGUGGCAGUGAUUUUGUUGGGCUGCUUUGUGAACUACAUCUGCAUCUACUUGCCUGCUCCCUUCUACCCACAGAUUGCUGCCGAAAGGAAAGGCUCGAAAGCAGACACGGAAGUUGGUAUAAUGGUCGGUAGUAUUGAGCUGUCCGCUUUCUUCGUGUCACUGUUUAUCGGGGAAUACAUAAAUCCGUUGGGUGUCAGGUUCCUGAUGACAUCCGGGGCUUUCUUGGCCGGCGGAUGUACAGUGAUUUUUGGUUUUCUGGAGUAUGUGAAAGAGUGGUCACCUUUCAUUGCACUUAGUAUUGUUAUCAGAUUUGUGAUGGGAUUUGGAGAAGCUGCAUUUAAUGCAACAUCGAUAGCUCUGUUGCUAGGCAUGUUUCCUGCUCAUACGGGUACUAUUUGGGCUCUUUACGAAUUUGCUGUCACUCUUGGUUUGGUCUGCGGAGCUCUGUUUGGUGGAUUUCUGUAUCAUGUUGAAGGCUUUAAUUUUCCUUUUGUGAUCAUUGGUGGUGUUUUACUGUUGUUUAUGCCACUAUUGUGGCUUCUACUGCCAGGCAGUCAUUCACUAACUGAAAGUACUGAUAGAGAUCAAGCUGAUGGUCAUGAUGAUCGAUCUGUGUCAUCAUUACAGCUUCUAAAGAUACCAUCUAUAGUGCUAGUUCUCUUGAACAUGUCCAGUUGCUAUGCAGCUUUUGCACUUUUUCAGACAUCCUAUGCAGUGUUUCUCGAAAAUGAGUUUGGUUGGGGUGCUGCUCACAUUGGAUUGAUAUUUCUCAUCGCAGGGGCAGUGUAUCUUGUCUUUGCUAUUGUAUUUGGUCUGGUGGUGGAUGCCACUAGUCCACGAAUUGUUAUGAUCAUUGGGUUACUAGUAGAAACAUGUGGAAUGAUGUUAGUUGGUCCAUCUUUUAUGUUCUCGUUUCUCUCUCCUAAGCCAUGGUGUGUGUAUGUUGGAUCAACAUUAUUUGGAUUCGGAAUGGCUAUGGUUGUAAUAUCUGCUGGUCCCGAUGUCAUGAGCACUUCCAUUUCAAGAGGCUACCAAAAGAACAUGGCAUUGGAUGGAGCCGUAUCAGGACUGUUGUUAGCAGCUAUAUAUUUGUCUGGAGCACUCGGUGCUCCCAUUGCUGGAGGCCUGACAGCUGCAUUCAAUUUUCGCAUCUCUACCUCUAUUUUUGGUUUUGCCAGUUUUCUGCUGAUGAUUGUCACUACUGUGGUCACUGUAGUCAACACCUUCAUGUCUAGACGACAAUAA